CCUCCAUUCGGAUCACUACAAAAGCCCAAUAAAAAAAAAAAAAAAAAAAAAAAAGGAAAAGGAAAAAGAAAACAAAUACAUAAAUCAAAACCCUCACCUUUUGUACUGUUUUCCCAUCUCUAUGGUGGGAAAGCUUUCUUGCAUUCGGGUUUUGAUUUUUGGAGGAUAAAAAUAGUAAGGUAAAAGAAAAUAAAAAAUAAAAAUGGUUGCGAAGGUGGUCAUGGCGGUAACUUCCCUUCUUGUAGUCGGUGUAGUUCUCGCUGUCUUCGCUAUGGUAAACAAGAACCAUAGUUCUGAUGAAACCGCGGAUAUGUCUCCAAAAAUGAAGGCUGUCUCAUCUAUUUGUUCUAAUACCGAUUACCAACAAGAAUGUCAAACUACACUUGGUAAUGUUGGACAUAAUUCGUCGGUAGAUGACCCGAAAGAGUUCCUUAAAGCCGCGAUUACGGCUACGAUUGAAGAGAUGAAAAAGGGUUAUAAUUUGACUGAUAACCUUAUGGUUGAGGCAGCUAAUAAUGCUUCAAUUAAAAUGACUGUUGAUGAUUGUAGGGAUUUAUUACAAUCUGCUAUUGAUGAGUUGCAUGCAUCUUAUUCUACUGUUGGCGAUCCCGAUUUGCAUACUAACGAAGACCGUGUCGCUGAUAUUAAGAAUUGGCUAACCGCUGUUAUUUCUUAUCAACAAUCUUGUCUUGAUGGACUUGAGGAAUUUGAUCCUCAACUUAAACAAAAGAUGCAAGGUGGUCUUGAUGUUGCUGCCAAGCUUACUAGUAAUGCUCUUGCUAUUGUUGAUGCUGUUUCUGAUAUUCUCAAAAGCCUUGGCUUGCAAUUAAAGGUCCAACCAAGUGGUCGUAGGCUACUUGGAACAACGGAAGUAGAUAACGAUGGGUUCCCGACGUGGUUGACGGGGGCAGACAGGAAGUUGUUGGCAGCAAAAAGAGGAGGUGUUCGAGUGAAACCGAACGCAGUGGUGGCUAAGGACGGUAGUGGACAAUACAAGACCAUUGCUGCUGCAUUAGCUGCAUACCCAAAGGCCCUAAAAGGAAGAUAUGUAAUCUACGUGAAAGCAGGGAUCUAUAAUGAAUACAUCAUUGUCACUAAAGACAUGAAAAAUGUUUUCAUGUAUGGAGAUGGCCCAAGAAAAACCAUUGUCACCGGUCGCAAAAGCAACCGUGAUGGCAUCAACACCCAAAACACCGCAACUUUUGCUGCCAUCGGAGAAGGAUUUCUUUGCAAAUCCAUGGGAUUCACCAACACAGCUGGCCCCGAAGGCCAUCAAGCAGUAGCCCUCAGAGUCCAAUCCGACAGAUCUGCCUUCUUUAAUUGUAGAAUGGAUGGCUACCAAGACACUCUCUACGUACAAACUCACCGUCAAUUCUACCGCAAUUGUGUCGUAUCUGGUACCGUAGAUUUCAUCUUUGGCGACUCAAACACCAUCAUCCAAAACUCAUUGAUCAUUGUUCGCCGUCCAAUGGACAACCAACAGAACACUGUUACGGCCAACGGUCGUGCCGAUAAAAAAGAAAUCUCUGGAUUGGUGAUCCAUAACUGCAGAAUCGUUCCUGAGCAGAAGCUAUUCGCUGAGAGGUUCAAGAUUCCAACAUUCUUGGGGAGGCCAUGGAAGGAAUAUGCUAGAACAGUGAUCAUGGAGACGACAUUGGGGGACUUUAUUCAGCCGGCUGGAUAUAUGCCUUGGUCUGGGGAUUUUGCAUUGGCAACUUGUUCGUAUUUUGAGUAUGGGAACAGAGGGCCUGGGGCUAACACUAAAAGGAGAGUGAGGUGGAAGGGAGUUAGAGUGAUAGGAAGAAAUGAAGCCAUGCAAUUCACUGCUGGACCUUUUCUUUUGGGAAGAGCUUGGCUUCCAGCCACUGGUGGACCUUACCUCUUAGGGCUCAAGAAUUGAAAACAAUGUAAUUUCAUUCUUUUUUAUUUCAUUUUGGAGCGAUAUGGUUUGGGCUCCAUAUUCAAUAUAAUGUGAUUUCAUAUUCA